CGCUGACAGAACCCGGGCGCCCGACGCUCUGGAGAUAUUGUCCGUCCCUCCCGGCUUUGUAGAGUCGCCGCCGGCUCACCUGGCCGCAGGCGCGUCUUGGCAGCUGCAGCCCGGAGCGGGGUCCCAGCCGCCGCCUCCGCCGCCGCCAUGGUGUCCCCGGUCACUGUGGUGAAGAGUGAAGGACCCAAACUGGUGCCGUUCUUCAAGGCUACCUGCGUGUAUUUUGUGCUCUGGCUGCCCUCAUCUAGCCCAUCGUGGGUCAGCGCCCUCAUCAAGUGCCUGCCCAUCUUCUGCCUCUGGCUCUUUCUUCUGGCCCAUGGCCUGGGAUUCCUGCUGACCCACCCCAGUGCCACCCGCAUCUUUGUGGGGCUUGUCUUCUCUGCUAUAGGUGAUGCCUUCCUCAUCUGGCAGGACCAAGGAUACUUCGUGCAUGGUCUGCUGAUGUUUGCUGUGACCCACAUGUUGUACGCCUCAGCCUUUGGCAUGCGGCCAUUGGCUCUUCGGACAGGUCUGGUGAUGGCAGUGCUGUCGGGCCUGUGCUAUGCCCUCCUCUACCCGUGCCUCUCAGGUGCCUUCACCUACCUGGUGGGGGUCUAUGUGGCCCUUAUUGGCUUCAUGGGCUGGCGAGCUAUAGCAGGGCUGCGGCUGGCUGGGGCAGACUGGCGCUGGACUGAGCUGGCAGCUGGCAGUGGUGCACUGUUCUUUAUCAUCUCAGACAUGACCAUCGCCCUCAACAAAUUCUGUUUUCCUGUGCCCUACUCUCGGGCAGUCAUCAUGUCCACCUACUAUGCGGCCCAGAUGCUCAUCGCUUUGUCAGCUGUUGAAAGCCGGGAGCCUGUGGAAGACUAUAGACUGAGCAAGGCCAACUGAGGUGCCAGGGUCUGGUCACCCCUCUCUUCUCCUGGGGCUGGGGCCCAGAUCCUGGGCACCUACAGGAGCUGGAUCAGGAUGGCUGCAGUGCCAGCCUGGGGCAGCAGGUACUGCCUGGGGAGUUUGCAAUUUUUGGAGUGGGGAAGCUGGAAAAGGAUCUCCCUAGCAGACCUUGUGGUCCAGGACAAUGCUGAGAGCUAAAAGAGCCAGCCAAACCCCUGACUGGAGCCAGAAGUAGACCUCUCCCCAUCUCUACACUAUCAGGACUUUAAAAAGCCCACCUGGAAGGUGAUGGUGCUCAGCUUCUUGACAACCCCCUUCCCCUACUCGGCGGAAGAGUCUGACGCCAUGUGUUAUGCCUAGGACCAAUGGCAGUGCUGGGUUCACCCACUCCUCCACUUUCUCAUCUGCACAGAGUUGAGGUAAAUGGGAGAAUCUGUACUGAGAAGACUCAGACCCAGGAGCCCCUUUCUCAGGCCCCUAGUUGGGGAGACUGAAUGAGAGUGGAGCCUCCCUUUCUUUUCCCUCUUCUAUCCUUGUUACUUGAACAAUCUCUAUCUCCAAGUGGUGGGUGGGGAUGUGAAGACGUGUGGGUCCAGGCUAGGCAGGAGAGAGAACUUUGGUCUCAGAGCUUAGGGUCUCAAGAAUUCAAGUGGCCCCAUCUCUCUCUCAGGCAAGCCCAAAACUCAGGUCCCAUACACCACCCUUAGAUCCUAUCCCUAAGGCUAGGGUGAAUCAUGCCAAAGGAAGGGGCCAGCCUCUGUGUGUGUGUGUGUGUGUGUGUGUGUGUGUAGUCUGUCUCCCAGCCUACCCUUGUCUUUAUCUACCAUAUGUCUCUGUCCUGCUGUCUGUCAAAUGUCUCACAGAGAGAGGGCCUCAGGGAGCUGCUGAGGGGUGCUGAGCCUGGCUUAGGGAGCUGGGACGCCUCCCUUCCAACACACACACAAUGCUUUCCUCCUUGCCUCUCCUACGCUAGGAGCAAGAGCAGGGGGCUCCAAUGACACUCCGGGGUUUUAAGACCCAAGGCACAUUCAAUGCAAGGGGAGCAAGGGUGGGACAACUCCAUCUUCUGCUGCCCAUGUGAAAAAAAAUAAAAAUCAAGAGCCAUUUGCUGCCCUGCUUGUC